GAGACCGGAUAUAGUGAAUGCAGGGGUCCAGGGAGACCAGAUAUAGUGAAUGCAGGGUCCUGGGAGACCAGAUAUAGUGAAUGCAGGGUCCGGGGGAGACCAGAUAUAGUGAAUGCAGGGUCCGGGGAGACCAGAUAUAGUGAAUGCAGGGUCCGGGGAGACCAGAUAUAGUGAAUGCAGGGUCCGGGGAGAGACCAGAUAUAGUGAAUGCAGGGUCCGGGGGAGACCAGAUAUAGUGAAUGCAGGGUCCGGGGGAGACCAGAUAUAGUGAAUGCAGGGUCCGGGGGAGACCAGAUAUAGUGAAUGCAGGGUCCGGGGAGACCAGAUAUAGUGAAUGCAGGGUCUGGGGGAGACCAGAUAUAGUGAAUGCAGGGUCCGGGCAGA